CAUCUUGUAAAGUGCUUCGUGUCUUUGCUUCUUCUCCUUUCUCCCUGUGAAAUGCAGGUCCAGGGAGUCAGUAUAGAAGAUCCUGGGACACCCAGAAGCCAGGAGAUGGGGUUGUUGUCAUUCAAGGAUGUGGCCAUAGAAUUCUCUUCAGAGGAGUGGGAAUGCCUAGACUCCCCUCAGCGAAUAUUGUACAGGACUGUGAUGUUAGAGAACCAUAGAAACCUGGUUUUUCUAGGACUUGCUGUCUCUAAGCCAGACCUUAUUAUGUGUCUGGAGCAAAGGAAAGAGACCUGGGAUGUGAAGAGAAAUGGCACAUUAGCCAAACUUCCAGCUGUGACUUCAUAUUAUACUGAUGGCCUUUUGCCAGAGAAGAGCAUAGAAGACUCACUUAGAAAGGUGCCAAUGGGAAAUUAUGGGAUAAACAGAAGAGUGGAGUAUGAGUCCAUACUUCUGACCUUUGAGUGUUUAUGCAAAUAUUGGUUUCUGUCCCAAUGUACAGAGAAGACACAUCCUAAGAACAGUUGGAGUCUCACUGUGUCACCCAGACUGGAGUGGACUUCCUGGGAACUCUGGCAUCUGCAAGGCUCCUACUUGGUGGGUUGUGGAGCUAAAGGACUACAAUCUCAGCGUGUCCCAGGACAGGCGGACGUGGAAGUACUUGGUGAGGCUGCCGGGACAUCAGGAGACUGGGAGAAGGAAAAGACUUCGAUGUACCUGAAGGAUCUCAUAGUGGCAACCAAGUUUGUCUACAGAUAUUCAAGACAUCCACAGGUGGUCAACAAGGAUGUCACGGUAGUCACGUGCAACAUCUCCAAGAAAAGGAUUUAA